AUGGGGAGGCUGCCGAGUCCAAGACCCCCCAAGGAGAACAAGCGCUUCUCCAAGGCUGCUUCUACUCGCAAGUCUACACAGAUCGAAGACACCCACCCGGUAAAGCGCGCCGAGGUGGUAGCGGUGUUCGAGAAAUUUGCGCAGGCCAUUCACGCUUCGCGCGAGCCUCUGCCUAACCAGACCGGCGAUGGCACCUAUCUUAAGCAUGACCAGUCGACUGGUCUGAUUGAUGACAUUAAGACCCUUGGAUUCAAGGACGUCAACACCGUUAAGGAGUUGAUCGCCAACAAGGCCUCUGGCAACCUUGUUGAUGAUAAGACCUAUCUUAUGGAGCGCAUUAUCCAGAUGGUCGCAGACAUGCCCGGUCACUCAAAGAACCGGACUGCCCUAACCAACGCAUUCCUGGAUGAGCUUUGGAACAGUUUGCCUCACCCUCCUCUUUCCUAUAUGGGUGAUGAUUACAAGUACCGUUCUGCUGACGGCUCCAACAACAACCCCACCCUUCCCUGGUUGGGUGCGGCCAAUACCCCAUACUGCCGCACCAUUCCUCCCCUCACUAUCCAGCCCAGCGGCCUUCCCGACGCCGGGCUUAUUUUCGACAGCCUGUUCGCUCGGCAGGAAUUCACUCCCCAUCCCAACAAGGUUUCCAGUGUUUUCUUCGACUGGGCUUCCCUGGUUAUUCACGAUAUUUUCCAGACCGAUUACCGCCAACAGCACCUGAACAAGACCUCUGCCUACCUUGAUCUCUCUAUUCUGUACGGUGAUGUCAAGGAACAGCAGGAUCUUAUCCGUGCCCACAAGGAUGGUUUGCUUAAGCCUGACUGCUUCUCGGAGGGCCGUCUGCAGGCUCUGCCCGCUGCUUGCGGUGUCUUGCUGGUCAUGCUGAACCGUUUCCACAACCACGUGGUGGGUCAGCUCGCUGAGAUCAACGAGAAUGGCCGUUUCAGCAAGCCGCGUCCCGGUCUUUCACCCGAGGAGGAGGAGAAGGCUUGGGCCAAGCGUGAUGAGGACUUGUUCCAGACCGGUCGUCUGAUCACUUGUGGUCUCUACAUCAACAUCACCCUGUACGAUUACUUGCGUACCAUUGUCAACUUGAACCGCAGUAACUCAACAUGGUGUCUGGAUCCUCGUGCUCAGAUGGAGAAGGCCGGUGCCACUCCCUCCGGUCUGGGUAACCAGUGCUCCGUCGAGUUCAACCUUGCCUACCGUUGGCACUCCACCAUCUCCCAGGGAGAUGAGAAGUGGAUCGAGCAGAUCUACUACGAGCUCAUGGGCAAGCCUGCGGAGCAGGUCACCAUGCCUGAGCUGCUCAUGGGUCUGAAGAAGGUUGAGGGUGCCCUGGACCCUGACCCUUCGAAGCGUACCUUCGCUCACCUUAAGCGUGGCGAGGAUGGGCGAUUCGACGAUGGAGAGCUCGUCGCUAUCCUCAAGAACGCUACCGAGGAUGUCGCCAGCUCCUUCGGUCCCCGCAAUGUCCCCAAGGCUCUGCGUUCCAUUGAGAUCCUCGGUAUAGAGGCUGCCCGCAGGUGGCAGGUUGGAUCCCUCAACGAGUUCCGUAAGCAUUUCGGUCUGAAGACUUACGACACUUUCGAGGAGAUCAACUCCGACCCCGAGAUUGCCAACACCCUGCGUCACCUGUACGAGCACCCCGACUUCGUCGAGCUGUACCCCGGUAUCGUCUCCGAAGAGGCUAAGGAGCCUAUGAUUCCUGGUGUCGGAAUUGCCCCAACCUACACCAUCUCCCGUGCCGUUCUGUCGGAUGCCGUGGCCCUGGUUCGUGGUGACCGCUACUACACUAUUGACUACAAUCCUCGCAACUUGACCAACUGGGGUUACAAUGAGGCUCGGUACGACCUGAACAUCAACCAGGGUUGUGUUUUCUACAAGCUGGUCAACCGUGCCUUCCCCAAUUGGUACAAGCCUGACUCCAUCUACGCUCACUACCCCAUGACCAUCCCUAGCGAGAACAAGAACAUCAUGAAGAUGCUUGGCCGUGAGAACGACUACUCUUGGGAUGCGCCCGCUUUCACGCCUCCCCGUGUCAACUUGACCUCCCACCAGAGCGCCAAGCUGGUUCUGGGUAACCCCAAGGACUUCAAGCCUUCUUGGAGCUCUGCCCUCCAGGAGUUGUUCGGCAAAGGCGAAUUUGACGCUAAGCAGCAGCAGGCUGUCAGCCAGGCCUUUGCCACCGAAGACUUCCCCAAGCUUCUCAAGAAGUUCUACGAGGAGACCACCACCAACCUCAUCAAGGAAUCCGGCGCCAAGCUUGCCAACAUUAACCAGGUUGACAUUACUCGCGAUGUUGGCAACGCCGCCCAUGUCUAUUUCGCCUCUGCUCUUUUCGGACUGCCUCUGAAGACCGAGGAGAACCCCCGCGGUCUCUUCACCGAGCACGAGCUGUACAUGGUCCUGACCACCAUCUACUCUGCUCUCUUCUUCGACCUUGACGCUCCCAAGUCUUACCCUCUGAACCGCGCUGCCACCGCUGUUGCCCAGCAGCUCGGCUCCGUCGUCAGUGCCUCCGUCAAGGCUGACCUCGACAACGGUGUUCUGUCUAGUGUCCUGAGCAACUUCCGUGCCCACGAUAACGCUCUCCGCGAGUUCGGCACUGGUGCUCUCCGCCGCCUGAAGGAAGCUGGGCUCGAUGCCUCCGAGAUCACCUGGUCUCAGGUUAUUCCCACCCUUGUCAACUUGGUUCCCAACCAGGGCCAGGUCUUCACUCAGGUCAUCGAGUACUACACCGGUGAGGGUAAGGCGCACCUGCCGGAGAUCAACCGUCUCGCCAAGCAGGAGUCUCCCGAGAACGACGAUCUCCUGUACCGCUACAUUCUGGAGGCUAUCCGUAUCAAUGGUACCUUCGGGGCCUACCGCGAGGCUGUCAACAGCGUCACUAUUGAAGACAACGGCAAGAAGAUCGACAUCCAGCCCGGUAACAAGGUCUUCGCUUCCUUCGUUGAGGCCAACCACGAUGCCACUGUCUACCCCGAGCCCAACGAGGUCAAGCUCGACCGCCCCAUCGACUCCUACAUCAACCACGGCCAGGGCCCCAACACUGCCUUCGGUCAGGAGAUCACCAAGAUCGCCCUCGUCUCCAUGCUCCGCGUCGUCGGCCGUCUCGAAAACCUCCGCCGGGCCCCCGGUGCCCAGGGUCAGCUCAAGAAGAUCCCCCAGGAGGGCGGCUACUACGUCUACCUGCGCCAGGACGGCGGCUCCUACUUCCCCUUCCCAAUGUCCCUCAAGCUUCACUGGGACGGCGACUUCGAAUUCAGCAAGAAGAAAUAA